UUGCCUGCUUUUUCAAAAGUGAUAUAUUUGCGGUGUCUGUGGCUAAGGGUUAGUAAUGGAAUACCUUUCUUCCCCAGGCUGCUGGUUCAAAGCCAGUCCAGGUCAGUAAUGACCAAAAUGGGAGGGGAGCGGCGGCAGCGUUACUGUCUGAUGGCUUUUCCGUGUCUUUUGUGAAAUGAGUUGAUAGUCUUAGUCCAGUCCCUACCGGCUGGAUCUGUAUAUCUCAAAAUCCUCCACAGGGCAGAUGAAAAACUGACUGGCUCAUGGAGACUGAACUCCCCUCUAGCCCUUAGAGGUGAAAUAGCACAUUGCCACAGUAGUAUAUGGUAGCCAGCACAAUUGCUAAUUGAGGAUGGAAUCCAGUAUUGAUCCACUUCCUUGCACUUUUUCUCAGCAAAAAUAAUAUCAAGAAUUUAAAACAAGCCCCAUUUAACUUCAAAAAACCCAAACAAGCUAUAUUUACAUGUGGCACUUGCUGGCAAUACAAAGACCCUCCCAUAUGUGGCUGAAGGAAGACACUCCUCUCUGAAUCCUUUUGGUGGUCCUAAAGGUUGAUGGUUUUUGUUAGUGAGUGGUUACAUAGCCCCAAAACGUCGCAUGGUGCUGUAGAGAAUGGGUCACUAUGUCUUGAAUGUUGGGUCUGUUUCCUUCCCCAUUCCCUUUGAAAAUCUUGUUGUGUUGUUUUUUCCAGUUGCAAUUUCUGACCAGUUCUGUCCAGGAGACUGUGCCCAGGUUAUGACGACUAAUCCCAAACCGAACAAGGCAUUAAAGGUAAAGGAGGAGUCAGGAGAGAACGCCCCAGUGCUGAGUGACGAUGAACUCGUGUCAAUGUCCGUCCGGGAGCUGAACCAGCACCUGAGAGGUCUCACGAAAGAAGAGGUCAUCCGCCUGAAGCAGCGGAGGCGCACGCUCAAGAACCGGGGCUAUGCUGCCAGCUGCCGCAUCAAGCGUGUGACACAGAAGGAGGAGCUGGAGAGGCAGCGGGUUGAGCUGCAGCAAGAGGUGGAGAAGCUGGCCCGAGAAAACAGCAGCAUGAAGCUAGAGCUGGACGCCCUGCGCUCCAAGUACGAGGCGUUGCAGACCUUUGCUCGUACCGUUGCACGGGGGCCUAUUACCCCGACCAAAGUCGCCACCACUAGUGUCAUCACCAUUGUGAAAUCAGCUGAAAUCUCAUCCAGUUCUGUGCCAUUUUCAGCAGCAUCCUAGUGCCCUAGAUGGGGGAACUACAGCCUUUCGGAGGGUUGGGGAAAGGGCUCUUAUGCACCGUUCCAGAGUCCUUGGUCACUUCAAGAAUUAGCAUUUUACCAAUUCCUUCUCUUUCAAAAGUGCAAAAAAAAUAUAUAUAUAUCUACAAAGGGAACGUAACUGGCUGCUCCUCUGUGAACUUAGUGGUUCCAUGAAGCUCUUGUGGCUGGGAUUUGAGCUCUGUACCUAGUAUGAGCUUUCUCUUCCUCCUCCCCCUGCCUCCCCAACCCCCUUUAGGCUGUGGGCAGCUUCCCAAUUGGGAGAAGAUACCGGAGGAGCCUUUGUGAAUAAUGUUCAAGAGCCAGGUAACCGAUGGACUGUCGAAAUCAUGUGAGAUGAAUGUAUAGAGAAGUUUCCUUCAGUGGCAUCCAACUCCCAUUAUGAAGUUACCUCACCCCACCACCACGUUCCACUGUCGUAGCAGUGGCAGAGAAAUAAACUCUGAAGCAGAGUCCAUUCCGCCAUGCACUGGGGGGGAGGAGAGGAGGGUUGGUCAUACAGAGAGGGAAUAUGUUUGGGUCAGACCACACCAGUUAGGAAAAACCUUCCUGUCUUCAGCCCAUACCGGUUACCAGUUUACAUGUUUUAAUACACCCCAUACCUGUGUGGCCUAUAAAGCUAAAUUGCAGCCUCCCUUAUACAAAGCUAAGUCUACCAAGAGCUCCUUCCCCAAGAUGUGCCUGUAAAUUGGGUAUAUUUAUGCAGUUUAUUUCUUCCAGAUGAUCCACAGGUUUGUAAUAGUGGCUUAUUCAGGGUUCUUUGAAGCUCAAGGGAGGAAGGCACAGUAAAAUUCAAGAAGGGAGGUAUGUUGCGGGGCAUAGAGAGAAAUACUAGAAGUAUUACUGGACUGAGGCAGAAUUGGUUGCCAUGGUGGGAAGUUGUUGUUCUGGAAAUCAGCACUGUGAAACGGUGUUUCUGUAGAGCAUGUUAGAAAGAUGUGUUAAAAGCACUGAAGUAACAAGAGGGCCGAUAGUGUAUGUGCAAGAAGAUCAAAGCCAGCAGAAACUCCUGGAUAACAGAGGUAGUGGUGGUUAAAGCCUUUGCCUGUUAGAACAGUGGCCAUCCCAACCUCAGGGGCCAUGUACGCUGAUCUUUGCCAACAAGAGAUAGGGUAUGGGAUGCUGGGUGGAAGCUGAAAAAGGGAAGAAAGAUUCUUAACCCAAUCUCAGUCAUUAAAGCUGGGUUCCAAAGAGUAGAAAAACCUAUAGUGUUUUGUGUUGAGAGGGUUGAGAGAACCUGUCUGACGACAACCCUGAAACUCAACAUUUCUUGGGGGUGUGAAUUAUCCCUAGAGAUGCAUGGAGGGCAGGAUUGGAAUCGGUGGCUUUUGGGGGAUGAUAAAAUUGGGGUUGAUAAGUAGGGCUUAUGGUUCUGAAGGAUAGUUGGGAAGAGGUAACCGUGGCUCAGCAGUGGGCAGGAAAGGGGAAGCCAAAGGGAGAAGAGUCUAUUCUUUAACAGGACUGAAAAGACAUUCUAAGUUUCCAGGUCUGAGUAAAAAUAGCUAUGUUCAUGUUUAUGUGUUUGAAGUAGGAAAGAAAAGGGAUUGCCUGGUGUUCCAGAGUAGGUCAAAGAUUUGUGGGCUGUCAGAUGCCUGCUCUAAAGCAGGUGAGAAGAGGUUGAGACUCCUGAAGUUCAAGAUGACUGGAGGAGAUGGCUAAUGUUCAUAUUCAGAAGGGUUUGGUAGUCUGGUGUUCCAGAGUAAGGUACAAAGGAGAAGAUGGAGAAGAAUGACUGGUGGUCUAGUUUAACUGAAAAGGAUAAAGAAAGAUGCUCCUAUCAUUGAAGAGGACAGAAAAUUAGCAUCCUAGGCCAGUGUAGGAUAUUGUUUGUGAAGUUAUCUUGUGUCUUGAAUUGCAAGAAGAAUGCACAAGUUUAGUGAAGCCCUGUCUUUCUUCUAAAGACAAACACAAGUUGUUGUUGGCUCACUUUUUCCCAGUCACUGGAGUCUCUUGGUUCCCCAAGAAGGUACUUAAGUCAAGUAGUUGGAGAGGCAGAACCUGGUUCUCAUUCAGUCCUAAACCUCUACAUUGAUGACUUUCCUGAGCCAUAGGAUGUGUAAGAGUAAUGCUUCCUUGAUGGCUUUUACCCCACCAGAUUCAUCUCCUCCUGGAGGAGGCAAACAGGAAGUUACCAACAAAUAUAGUUUGGAGGUAUUUAGCUCCACUUCUCCUCCACUUCCUUACCAUCUCCUAACAGGCAGAUUGAUGUCCUGCGUAUCAGUACCAGUUAUUGGCUCCCCCAGCAGAAGCUGAGGAAGAGAAGACCCUAAUCCCUUUUCAUGUUCUGUAACUCAAAAGUACUUGGAAAUCUUCCCAGAUCUCUAAGGUGCCACCAUUAACACAGGCAAUGUCUAGAUUCCUAGCACUGUUGGGACUUUAAAAGAGAAACAGAAAAAUAUCCAGUGGACUUGGAAAUGACUGAAUGUUCCCCAUUUCUAAAAUAGCUCCAUGAAAGUCUUGACAUUCCUGAACUGAUAAGACCACCCCCUCCACCCGAGGAAUCCUUCACUGCACCAAGGAAAUGAGAUCAACUAGACAGGAGUGAAAUGGGGAAUUUAAAAGUAAUUCUGUGGGGUUCAGUUGCUGUUGGAAUGAGAUGAGGAAUAGAUCUGAGUUCUUUACUAGUACUUCCAUUGUGGCUGAGCAUUUUCCAGUUCUCAGAAGUGUGCCAAAGGCUUGUCCAAGUGAUUGCUGAUUUAGUGCUAGAAGGCGCGUAGUCUCUGAUUACUCAAUCAAGAAUGAGGCCUGGGUGUUAUUAAAGCUGUUGAUACCAUAACCAUGGUAGGUAAUCCAUAUUGGAUAUCCAUAAGGACCACGUGGAAAUAUUUAAAAAGAGAAAUAAAUAUAUAUAUAUAUAUAUAUAAAUAUAUUAUAUACAUUUUAUCAUAUAGAUUUUUCGUAAUUUUUUUUUCCAAGUUUGAUACUGUAAAUCUUUACUAAAAGAAAUUGCCAGUCCAAGGCUCCUUGGGUGGUGAUUUGGGGGGAAAGGAGGCAUGCUGGCUAACUUCAACUGGUGGGUCAGAAUUGCAAGGUAAUACAGAGGGAGGAACAAUCUGAAAGCUGCUCACCACAUUGGAGAGACAACUCCCUCUCCCUUCUUCCUCUGGGGUUUGUUUCUGUUCCGUCCUGCACUUGCAAAUCUGAUGCCCAGGGCAAAAGCCGCGUGAGGGGAAUUGGGCCACUGCUUGCAGAAUCACUAGGGGAGCCCUUUUGAAAAUGAGUGCUUCUCUCUUCCAACCCUCCUCCUACUCCCUCUUGUCUCUCCUUACUGCAGUAACUAGGGCUCCUUUCUCUCCCCUCUUAUCUUGUCACACCACCGCUAGAGGGAAGCAAUGAGUCUUAAUUUCAUGAGGAUUAGGCUCCACUUCUGAACCCCAGGCCCAGCAUUUUCCUCUGAGACCCACCCUGUGCAUAGGAACCACGGUAUGAAGGUGGGGACAUUAGAAGCAGCCAGCGGUAUGUCCCCUGACCCACAAUUGGGGCAUUGUGGGAUGUUUACAUGGGGCAAUAACAGGUCCUUCUGAUCAGGGGCUUCUCUGUGCUCCUGUAUGUGCAUUUGUUGUGCUCCUGACUGGGAAUAGUUUCCCACUAGGGAAGCUUCAGAGCCCUUUGAAGCAAGUUAGUGUCUCUGACCUUGCCCAGCUAUAUCCUCUGCCUGAGGAAACAACAUAUAACGAGCAAAAGGUUUGCGUGUUUUGUAAUGCCACAUCUCUCUGGGACAAGUGAGGGAGGGCGGCAGGCAAAAUGAAUAAUGGGUGGGAGGGGAGAGUGAGUGGCAAGUUUAUGUAUUGCUGGGAUCGUGGGGGCAUUCAAGCUACUGUGCGACUCAAAGCCCAAGGAGGAGGAGGCAUUUUUUCUCUCUCAGAUCAUUUAAACUUUGUCAUGAUUGUUUUCAUUUAAAGAAAAAAAACUUUUGUAAUGUGGGUUUGUUUUCCUUUGUCAUCUGUAUUUCAGUCUGCUGGGGUGUUUCCGUAGAUGGUGGAUCUUUUGCUUUCUUUUUUUUUUUUUUUUUUUAAUGGUAGAUCUUCUGUUAAGUUUUUAUCACCAACUCAUGCUAUCCUCCGUGGUUAUUCAGUAAUUUCAUUUCAAUAUUUAUUUUUGUGCUGCUUUUUUUAUUAUAAAAUAAAUUAUUGAUAUACCGAGUAAUGUGGAUUCCUGUUUGUAAGGCGUAUAGCCCUGUGUAUGUGUCCAUCACUUUCUCUUGACAGCCACAACGUAAUUUAUUGCUGUAAAUUUAGCUGCAGUGACUGGUUUUUUGUACCUUUCC